AUGUUUAACAUUGAUACAUUAGAUGUUGGAGAUGAUAGUUUGAGACUAGAAAUGGUUAUUUUAAAGGAAAUUCGACAUAAUAAUCUCAUACAGUUUAUUGGUGCUUGUUUAGAAGCUCCUAAUGUUGCUCUUGUCACAGAAGUUGCUCCAAAGGGCAGUCUUGAAGAUUUAUUAUCUAAUGAAGCUGUAAAAUUAGGCUGGGAUUUUAGAUAUUCUAUAUUAAAAGAUAUCUGUCGUGGUAUGGAUUUUUUACAUCGGUCUGAAGUUGUAUCUCAUGGUCGUCUCAAAUCUACCAAUUGUUUAGUUGAUAACAGAUGGACUUGUAAAAUUUCUGGUAAGUUUUGGAGAGUUUACCUCCAACCAAGACAAUUUUUCCUUUCUCAUUCUCUGUCUUCAUACUCCUUUCUCAAAACGUAUGCAUUGCUCCGUCCACUAACUUCACAGAGUGGGCAACGUGUUCGGCUUUAUGGUAUAAUAUUAACAGAGAUGUGUACAAGAGAACAACCCUACACCAACGAAACCAGUUUCCUAGAAGCUGAAGAUAUCUUAAACUUAGUUCGUGAUAAAAAUAAUCCAGCAUACAAAAAACAAAAAUCGGUAGGUGAAAACAACUUUAUACUGAUGGACCAUUGUUGGUCUGAUAACCCUGAAGAAAGACCUACGUAUCGUCAAAUAUUAGAACAGUUAAAUAUAAUACAUCCUGUUAAAGGUGAACUCAUUGAUAAUCUUGUCAACAUGUUGGAAAAAUACUCAAGUAAUUUGGAAGCUAUAGUAGCUGAUAGAACAAAAGAUCUGAUUUUAGAAAAAGCUAAAACUGAACAGUUAAUUAGUCAGAUGUUACCUAAGAAAGUUGUGGAAGAUUUAAAACAUGGCAGAAAAGUUUUACCAGAAGAAUUCGAAUGUGUCACCAUUUUCUUCAGUGAUAUUGUUGGAUUUACAGCUAUAGCUAGAGAUAGUACCCCAUUCCAGGUUGUAGAUUUACUCAAUGAUCUCUAUACAACAUUUGAUGCUAUUUUAGAUCAUUAUGAUGUUUAUAAGGUAGAAACUAUUGGUGAUGCCUAUAUGGUUGUCAGUGGUCUACCAAUAAGAAACGGUAAACUACACGCAGGAGAAAUAGCUACUAUGUCUUUAGAUUUAUUAUCUUCUAUGGUUGGCUUCAGAAUUCGACACUUGCCUGGUAAAAUUUUACAACUUCGUGUUGGCAUGCAUUCAGGACCUUGCGUGGCUGGUGUUGUUGGAUUAAAAAUGCCUAGAUAUUGUUUGUUUGGUGAUACUGUAAACACAGCCUCUAGAAUGGAAUCUAGUUCAGUUGCAUUGAAGAUUCAUAUGAGUAGCAUGACAGCUGAUAUUUUGAUGGAAUUAGGAGGCUAUAUUCUUGAUUGUCGUGGUGAAAGAGAAGUAAAGGGUAAAGGAACUAUGACUACCUAUUGGUUAGAUGGUAAAGAGGGAUAUGACAAACCACUACCUACCAAAGAUAUGGCCAUCUCUUUAUCACAACAUGAGUUUAAAUAG